AUGGAAGAAGCGAAGGUUUUGAACUCAAAGAAGGCAAAUGAAGAUCAUGCAGUUAGAUCAAGAGCUGAGGGAAGUUCUAGAAGGUAUGCUAUGCAGAGGAUAUCUUCUGAACAGAAGAAAGGCGAGGAUGAUGCCGAUAUGAAUCUUGCUCGCAAUAUAAUGCAGAACAAACAGUUUAAGGUUCACACUCAAGCAGAUGAUGAAUAUGAUUUUGAAGAUGGUCCAAGCAGAAAGAGUAGAAAGAAGCAAGGAGGCGAAGACCCCAAGAAUAUCCAAAAUAAGAUGAAUGCAAAUCGAUUCUUGACCCAGAAAGAACGAUGCCUCUUUUGUCUAGAGAAUCCGAAACGGCCUAUGCAUCUUGUUGUGUCCAUUGCAAAUUUCACAUAUCUUAUGUUGCCACAGUUGCAGCCAUUGGUGCAUGGUCAUUGUUGUAUUCUACCCAUUCACCAUGAAUCAGCUACAAGAACUGUGGAUGAUGAUGUGUGGGUAGAAAUCCGAAACUUCAAGAAAUGCCUUAUUAUGAUGUUUGCAAAGCAAGAUAAGAAAGUAGUGUUUCUUGAAACUGUGAUGGGAUUGGCACAGCAACGGCGCCAUUGUAUGAUUGAGUGCAUUCCUUUACCCAAAGAUAUUGCUAAAGACGCUCCUUUAUACUUUAAGAAGGCAAUUGAUGAAGCAGAAGAUGAGUGGAGCCAGCAUAAUGCUAAAAAACUCAUUGAUACCAGUCAAAAGGGUCUGCGAAACUCAAUCCCCAAGGAUUUCCCAUAUUUUCAUGUUGAAUUUGGCUUAAACAAGGGAUUUGUUCAUGUCAUUGACGACGAAAAGGACUUCAAAAGUAACCUCGGAUUGAAUGUUCUCAGGGGCAUGCUGCAUUUACCUGAGGAAGAUAUGUACAGACGACAAAGGUAUGCAGCAUUGGACGUACAGAAGCAAGCAGUGGCAAACUUUUCCAAAGAGUGGAAAGAGUUUGACUGGACAACGGAACUUCAUUGA